UAUUUGAAUCAAGUGAGCCAAUUAGUAUACUAGAAAGCGUAGACAGCAUCCCGCGGUCGAGGUUCUGAUUUUUCGACGGUGGACAAAUAAGGUUUCACCCGCAUAUUACGUAACCUAUCUGUUCAAGCAAGCAUCACAGCCAACUCAGAUCAACCAGCAAUAGACGGCGAGAGUCCUUCGUUACUCUCUUGUUAUACACUCCAGAAUACAAAGAAGAUGCAGAAAGCAGGCGAAACCGACGUUCCGCGGUCAGCAACGCCACACGUUGUGAGCGCGCGAGACCGCAAGUAUGAUCGCCAGCUGCGGUUGUGGGCUGCGAACGGGCAGGCGGCGCUGGAGGAGGCGCAUGUGGUUUUGUUGACUGCUUCGGCUGCUGGUGCGGAGACAUUGAAGAAUUUGGUUUUACCUGGCACGGGAUCAUUCACAGUAGUUGACGACAAACUGACGACGGAAGAAGACGUCGACGUCAAUUUCUUCCUCGACGAAUCCAGCAUCGGUCAUCCGCGCGCCGCCAAAGUCGCCGAAUUCUUACAAGAGCUAAACACGGACUCGGUCGGCCGCUUCGAGAGCCUGACGCUGUCCGAGUUCGACAAACUCGACCCCUCGUACUGGGAGAAAUACUCGCUCGUGGUCGCACACCAGAUCCGCCCGUCGGUGCUGUUACCGAUCAGCAAGGUCCUGUGGGACAAGAAGAUCCCGCUCGUGAUCAUAAACUCGAUUGGCUUCUACGCGCGGCUGAGGAUCGUCACGCCAGAGCAUACGGUCGUGGAAUCGCAUCCGGAGUCGACGGUUGAUCUGAGGCUGGAUUGUCCGUGGCCGGAGUUAGAGAGAUUCGCGUUCGGGAUCGAGCUGGAUGGGUUGUCGGAGAUGGAUCAUGCUCAUGUGCCGUAUUUGGCGCUGCUGUUGAUAUAUCUCAAGCAAUGGAAAGAUGCGCAUGGUGGUUCUCCACCAUCAACCUACGCAGAAAAGAAGGAAUUCAAGGCGUUAAUCAAAACCGGCGUCCGAUCAAGCGACGCCGAGAACUUCGACGAGGCGAUAAAUACUGUCUGGCGAGCCACUCAGGCUACAACCAUUCCGUCGAAUAGCCAGGCUAUCUUAAAUGACGAUAGAGCGCAGAAUCUUAGUCCGUCGACUUCGAAAUUCUGGAUUCUCGCAAGAGCAAUCUCCGACUUCACCAAAUCACCCUCAAGCGGCGGUCACCUGCCCCUCUCCGGCACCCUCCCCGACAUGAAAGCCGACACGACGUCCUACAUCAAGCUACAAAGUAUCUACCGCUCAAAGGCGCUCGAGGACCGCGACUGGGUUGCUUCGCGCGUGUCUGAACUGCUACUCUCGCUCGGCCGGCCGGCCGACGCGAUCUCUUCGGACGAGGUGGACACGUUUUGCAAAUUUUCACGGAACCUGGUUGUCUUUGACGGUCGGUCGCUGGAGGAGGAGUACACGCCUUCGACGGCGCGGGCAAAGAAGAUUUUGCAGGAGUUGGAGGAGGAGAAUUCGUUGAUGAGCGUGUACGUCGGGUUUCGAGCGGUCGAGGUUUUCGAGGAGCGGGAGAAGAGGUAUCCCGGAACAGUCGAAGAGGUUGAUGAGGAUGAGAAGGUGUUGAAGGAGAUCGCGCUUGAGAUUGUGGGGUCGCUUGGAGGAACGGAAGUUAACGAGCGGACGGCGAGUGUGUUGAAGGAAUUUGUCCGAUACGGCGGCGGGGAGUUGCACAACAUCUCGUCUCUACUAGGCGGCAUCGCAGCCCAAGAGAUAGUCAAGCUCAUCACGCGACAAUACGUACCGAUGACAAACACGACGAUAUUCGACGGCAUCCAGAGCUCGAGCGCGGUCUGGGAACUGUAAAUGUACAGGAGUUUGGUGAGGUGGUGGUGGAUAGAGAGAAGCUUAGAUGGAGGUUUAUAGAUGUAUUGCUAAUAGACUGGCUAAUGCUCUGAUGAGAGUAAACUGAGUAAAGGAAAUGAAAGUAU